GCGGAGGCACCUGUCCGCCGCCCAGGACGCCGCGCGCGGGUCGCUGGCGGGGUCGUGUCCGCGGGCACCUGCCCCACGGGGUCUCGGCAGCAGGAGGUGGCUGCGACGGGUGUGCAGAGCGCAUGCGCCCGGCGCCAGAUGUGGUCAGCUUUGGACAAGAUGCCAGCUCCAGCCACCACAUAUGAAAGAAUAGUUUACAGAAAUCCCUCUGAGCACCACUAUAUGAAAGUCUGCCUAGAAUUUCAAGAUCAUGGGGUUGGAUUGAAUGUUGCACAGUUCAAACAGCUGCUUAUUUCAGCCUUAAAGGACCUGUUUGGGGAGGUUGCUGCAGCCUUACCUUUGGACGUCCUAACCUAUGAAGAGAAGACCUUGUCAGCCAUCUUGAGGAUAUCUAGCAGUGGUCUUGUCAAAUUAUGGAGCUCUUUGACUCUAUUGGGAUCCUAUAAAGGCAAGAAAUGUGCUUUCAGAGUGAUUCAGGUUUCUCCAUUUCUUCUCGCCUUAUCUGGUAAUAGUAGGGAACUAGUAUUGGAUUGA